UUUCAGCCUGGCCUUGUAAUAAGAUCUUUUGUCUCCCUUUUCCAUUUAUUCAUUUCAAUUUCACUUUCAAUUUCAAAAGCCAAAUUAAAGCAAAAAAAAAAAAGCGCUUAAGUCACCACCUUUAUCAACAUUUUCCACGACUCGACGAGAGAGACCGACUCAACUCCCCUGAACUCAGUAUCUAGGCUUUUCUCUUUCUCUUUUAGCAUAGCGAUUCAGGGCUAGUAGCUAAGAGAAAUGUCUAGAGUGGAAGAUUUAUGGGAGAGAUUAGUGCGGGCCGCAUUAAGGAGCGAAAGAACAAGAUUAGAUGCGCUGGGCAGGCCGGUUGGUGGUGGUGGUGGUGGCAUUGCGGGAUAUGUACCCUCAUCACUUGCUAAUAAUAGAGACAUUGAUGCUAUUUUAAGAGCUGCCGAUGAAAUUCAAGACGAAGAUCCUACUGUCUCUAGAAUUUUAUGUGAGCAUGCUUAUUCACUUGCACAAAAUCUGGAUCCGAAUAGUGAAGGAAGAGGCGUACUACAAUUCAAGACUGGUUUGAUGUCUGUCAUUAAGCAAAAGCUUGCAAAGAGGGAUGGUGGGACCAUUGAUAGAAGUCAGGACAUUGCUCGCUUGCAAGAAUUUUACAAGCUCUAUAGAGAAAAUAACAAUGUAGAUAAGCUGCGAGAAGAAGAAAUGAAGCUAAGGGAGUCUGGCACUUUCAGUGGAAAUCUGGGCGAGUUGGAGCGAAAAACAGUGAAGAGAAAAAGAGUUUUUGCAACUCUGAAGGUUAUAGGAUCGGUACUUGAGCAGCUGACUAAGGAUAUUCCUGAAGAGCUGAAGAGAGUGAUUGAAUCUGAUGCAGCUAUGACCGAGGACCUAAUUGCUUAUAACAUUAUUCCGCUGGAUGCUCCUACUAUAACAAAUGCUAUUGUGGCUUUCCCUGAAGUGCAAGCAGCAGUUUCAGCCUUGAAAUAUUUCCCAGGUCUGCCAAAGCUGCCUGCUGACUUUUCUAUUCCUGCUGCAAGGCAUGCUGAUAUGCUUGAUUUUCUCCAUUAUAUGUUUGGGUUUCAGAAAGACAAUGUAUCUAACCAGCGGGAACAUGUAGUUCACCUCCUUGCAAAUGAGCAAUCUCGCCUUCGUAUACCUGAUGAAACUGAACCGAAAUUAGAUGAGGCUGCGGUACAGAGAGUAUUCAUAAAGUCACUGGAAAAUUACACAAAAUGGUGCAGCUAUUUAAACAUUCAACCUGUUUGGAGCAAUUUGGAGUCUGUAAGCAAGGAAAAGAAAUUACUCUUCCUUUCUUUAUAUUUCCUGAUAUGGGGGGAAGCUGCUAAUAUUAGAUUCCUUCCAGAAUGCUUGUGCUAUAUAUUUCAUCAUAUGGUGAGAGAGAUGGAUGAGAUUUUGAGACAGCAAAGUGCACAGCCAGCAAAUAGUUGCAAUUCUGAGAAUGGCGUGUCUUUCCUUGAUAAUGUUAUUACUCCCCUAUACGAGGUUGUUGCAGCGGAAGCGGGAAACAAUGAGAAUGGACGAGCACCUCAUUCUGCUUGGAGAAACUAUGAUGAUUUUAAUGAGUACUUCUGGUCACUUCAUUGCUUUGAACUCAGUUGGCCAUGGCGGAAGAGCUCAUCCUUUUUCCAGAAACCCAAACCAAGGACAAAGUAUCUGCUAAAAACUGCUGGAAGUCAACGUCGAGGCAAAACUUCGUUUGUUGAGCAUCGGACAUUUCUUCAUCUUUACCAUAGUUUCCACCGUCUAUGGAUUUUUCUCGUUAUGAUGUUUCAGGGACUCACCAUCUUUGCUUUUAAUAAUGAACGCUUCAACUCCAAAACCCUGAGGGAAGUUCUGAGUCUUGGUCCAACAUUUGUGGUGAUGAAGUUUUUUGAGAGUGUAUUAGAUGUUCUCAUGAUGUAUGGUGCUUAUUCUACAUCACGACGUGUUGCUGUUUCUCGAAUUCUUUUGCGAUUUGCUUGGUUUAGCAGUGCUUCAGUCUUCAUAUGCUUUCUUUAUGUGAAAGCACUCCAGGAACAGAGUGAACAAAAUUCAAGUUCUGUCAUUUUAAGACUGUAUGUGAUCAUUAUUGGCAUAUAUGCUGGUGUGCAAUUUUUUAUUAGUUUCCUCAUGCGAAUACCAGCUUGCCACCACAUGACUAAUCAGUGUGAUCAUUGGUCUGUAAUCCGUUUCUUGAAGUGGAUGCGUCAGGAGCGUUACUAUGUUGGGCGUGGCAUGUACGAAAGGACCAGUGACUUCCUCAAGUAUAUGCUUUUUUGGCUUGUUAUUUUGAGUGCAAAGUUCUCAUUUGCCUACUUUCUACUGAUCAAGCCAUUAGUUGAUCCAACAAAGCUUAUAGUGGGCAUGACAGAUAAUCUGCAAUAUUCGUGGCAUGAUCUUGUAUCCAAACAUAAUCAUAAUGCCUUGACUGUUGUCACUUUGUGGGCUCCAGUUGUUGCUAUUUAUCUUUUGGAUAUUCAUAUAUUCUACACUGUCAUAUCUGCCAUUUGGGGUUUCUUGCUUGGAGCAAGAGACCGCCUUGGGGAAAUUAGAUCUUUGGAAGCUGUUCACACACUGUUUGAGGAGUUUCCUGAGGCCUUUAUGAAUACUCUUCAUGUUCCACUGCGCAACAGGACAUCUGAAAGCUCUUCUAGUCAGGCUGUGGAGAAAAGAAAGAUUGAUGCUUCUAGAUUCUCUCCUUUUUGGAAUGAGAUCAUAAAAAGUCUAAGAGAGGAAGAUUAUAUUACCAAUCUGGAAAUGGAGUUGCUUCUGAUGCCUAAAAAUUCUGGAAAUCUUUCUUUGGUGCAGUGGCCCCUUUUUCUUCUUGCCAGCAAGAUAUUCUUGGCAAAAGAUAUUGCUGUGGAGAACAAAGAUUCACAAGAUGAGCUGUGGGAAAGGAUAUGUAGAGAUGACCAUAUGAAGUAUGCAGUCGUAGAAUUCUACCAUGCUCUUAGAUUUAUUCUAACAGAAAUAUUGGAAGGUGAAGGAAAGAUGUGGGUUGAGAGGGUAUAUGGCGACAUUCAAGAAAGUAUUAAGAAGAGAAGUAUUCAUGUUGACUUUCAGCUAAAUAAGCUGCCACUGGUUAUUACUCGUGUAACUGCAUUAAUGGGGAUUCUGAAAGAGCCUGAAACACCAGAGCUGAAAAAAGGAGCAAUCAAAGCUAUUCAAGAUCUCUAUGAUGUUGUGCGAUAUGAUAUUUUUUCUGUCAUUAUGAGGGAGCACUAUGACACAUGGAAUUUACUAUCAGAAGCAAGGUCCGAAGGCCGGUUAUUUACAGACUUGAAGUGGCCUAGAAAUUCUGAGUUGAGAACUCAAAUCAAGAGAUUGCAUUCGCUUUUAACCAUAAAAGAAUCCGCUUCAAAUAUUCCUAGAAAUUUUGAAGCCAGACGUAGGCUGGAGUUCUUCACAAAUUCCCUCUUUAUGGAUAUGCCCGAGGCAAAGCCAGUCCGUGAAAUGCUAUCUUUCAGUGUGUUUACUCCAUAUUAUUCUGAGAUUGUUCUUUAUAGCAUGGCUGAACUUCUAAAGAAAAAUGAGGAUGGAAUAUCAAUUUUAUUUUACCUCCAAAAGAUAUUUCCAGAUGAGUGGAAGAACUUUCUUGCUCGCAUUGGCCGUGACGAAAAUUCCUUGGACACAGAACUCUUUGAUAGUCCUAGUGAUAUCCUUGAACUUCGGUUUUGGGCCUCUUACAGGGGUCAAACAUUGGCCAGAACCGUUCGUGGGAUGAUGUACUAUAGAAAAGCUCUUAUGCUUCAAAGCUAUUUGGAAAGAGCAACAGCUGGAGAUGUUGAAGCUGUAAUUUCAAAUAAUGAUGCAACUGACACUGGGGGCUUUGAGUUGUCUCCUGAGGCACGAGCUCAGGUUGAUCUGAAGUUUACAUAUGUUGUUACAUGUCAAAUAUAUGGAAAACAGAAAGAGGAGCAAAAACCUGAGGCAGCUGAUAUUGCAUUGCUCAUGCAAAGAAAUGAAGCUCUUCGUGUUGCUUUCAUUGAUGACAUUGAAACUUUAAAGGAUGGCAACGUACAGAGAGAGUUUUACUCUAAGCUUGUGAAGGCUGAUAUCAAUGGGAAAGACAAGGAAAUUUACUCUAUAAAGUUGCCUGGAAAUCCUAAGCUUGGAGAAGGAAAACCUGAGAAUCAAAACCAUGCGAUUGUAUUUACUCGUGGAAACGCAGUUCAGACUAUUGAUAUGAAUCAGGAUAAUUAUUUUGAGGAAGCCUUGAAGAUGAGAAAUCUUCUGGAAGAAUUUCAUCAUGAUCAUGGUAUUCAUCCUCCAACGAUUCUUGGUGUUCGAGAACAUGUCUUUACAGGAAGUGUCUCUUCCUUGGCCUCCUUUAUGUCAAAUCAGGAAACUAGCUUUGUUACUCUUGGUCAGCGUGUUCUGGCUAAUCCAUUGAAAGUCCGUAUGCAUUAUGGUCAUCCUGAUGUCUUUGAUAGAGUGUUCCAUAUAACACGGGGUGGUAUCAGCAAGGCUUCUCGAGUUAUCAACAUUAGUGAAGAUAUAUAUGCAGGGUUCAAUUCAACUUUGCGCCAAGGAAAUAUUACUCACCAUGAGUAUAUUCAGGUUGGCAAAGGACGAGAUGUUGGUCUCAAUCAGAUUGCUCUAUUUGAAGGAAAAGUUGCAGGUGGCAAUGGGGAGCAAGUUCUUAGUCGGGACAUUUACAGGCUUGGGCAGCUCUUUGAUUUCUUUCGAAUGAUGUCGUUUUACUUCACUACUGUGGGGUAUUAUUUCUGUACAAUGUUAACAGUGCUGACAGUGUACAUCUUCCUUUAUGGGAAGCUAUAUUUGGCACUUUCUGGAGUUGGUGAACAAAUUCAAGUUAGAUCUGACAUACUGCAGAACGCUGCCCUGAGUGCUGCUCUAAACGCACAGUUUCUGUUUCAAAUUGGUGUGUUUACUGCUGUGCCUAUGAUUUUGGGCUUCAUCUUGGAGCAGGGUUUUCUGAGGGCCAUUGUCGGUUUCAUUACAAUGCAGCUCCAGCUUUGCUCUGUCUUCUUCACUUUUUCAUUAGGCACAAGAACACAUUAUUUUGGUCGCACAAUUCUUCAUGGUGGUGCAAGGUACCAAGCCACUGGUAGGGGAUUUGUGGUCCGCCAUAUUAGAUUUUCUGAGAAUUAUAGGCUCUACUCUCGCAGUCAUUUUGUCAAAGGGCUGGAAGUUGCGCUUUUGCUGGUGGUCUACCUCGCAUAUGGAUACAAUGAAGGCGGUGCACUGUCCUACAUUCUUCUUACAGUUAGCAGUUGGUUUAUGGCUCUUUCUUGGCUUUUUGCUCCCUAUUUGUUCAACCCAUCUGGAUUUGAGUGGCAAAAGACGGUAGAGGAUUUCAGGGAUUGGACAAAUUGGCUUCUUUACAGAGGAGGAAUUGGGGUUAAGGGAGAAGAAAGCUGGGAAGCUUGGUGGGACGAAGAACUGGCACAUAUUCGGACUUUGGGAGGGCGGAUACUGGAGACCAUUUUGAGUCUAAGAUUCUUUAUUUUCCAGUACGGCAUUGUGUACAAGCUAGAUAUACAGGGAAAUGAUACAUCAUUAUCGGUGUAUGGCUUUUCAUGGAUUGUUCUAGCUGUGCUUAUACUUCUUUUCAAGGUGUUCACUUUUAGUCAGAAGAUAUCUGUCAAUUUUCAGCUUUUACUGCGCUUCAUCCAAGGUGUUUCCUUCUUGUUGGCAUUGGCUGGUUUAGCUGUUGCAGUUGUGUUAACAGAUUUGUCAGUUCCAGACAUUUUUGCUUGCAUCUUAGCAUUUGUACCUACUGGAUGGGGAAUUUUAUCUAUCGCUGCUGCGUGGAAACCCUUGAUGAAGAAGCUUGGAUUGUGGAAAUCUAUCCGCUCGAUUGCGCGUCUAUAUGAUGCAGGGAUGGGGAUGCUCAUCUUUAUCCCAAUUGCAUUCUUUUCAUGGUUCCCAUUUGUAUCAACAUUCCAAACCAGGCUCAUGUUCAACCAAGCAUUCAGCAGAGGGUUGGAGAUUUCACUCAUUCUUGCUGGAAACAAUGCCAAUACUGGGAUAUAAUGAUGAGAAGUUCUAACUUUCUAUGUCUUCUUGUGUACUAGUUACUUGGUAAAAUAGUGACAUGGACAUAUUAGCGUCAAAGCCUGACAGAAUGCUUGGCCGUCUGUGUUAACUGCUACUUUUUAGUAUCAGCUUUGCCUAAUGACCUGUUUACCGAUUGAUUAUUGUUGUCCAUUAGUUGUAUUUGUUUUCUUUUUAAAAAAUAUUGUAAUGUAUAGAUAAACAAUUUUGAAUGCGUUAUUUUUGACUUGUAUAUAUAUGAAAUCUAGCGCUACAAAUUAGCUAAUUAACAAAACUUUUAUUGUGGAUCUGGUAAUGCUGAUGAUCAAAACAAAAUUCCUAGCUGUCUCUUAUUUCC